GCAGCCGGGGCAGGCGCUGGAGCGAUGAGCGCGCCACAGGAAAGAAGUGCGAAACAGGUGCAGGCUGCGAUCAAGAAGAAGGUGGAGAAGCAGAAGAAGCAAACCAACAAGCAGGGCGGAGGUGUCGGAGACAUUCAAUCUGUUGCUCGCAAUCAGAAAUCCAAACAAUUAACCCCAAUGACCGCGGCAGAGGCGGCUGAGGACAGCGAAACGCUGGAGGAACAGCUGGAGGAGCUGAUGGAGGGACCGCGGAGAAGAGAGAAGGAGAAAGAGAACGAGAACGAGACAGAGCCCGUCGACCUGCUGCCCAUAGUGGACUCUGUGUUUGGACAGCGGGUGAUACACUGGCCCUUCCAUCGGAAGGUGAGGGCAAUGAGCCAGCAGCUGGAGGGAGAUGAGGAUCAGGAUGUAGAGGAUAAACCAUUCAAGGAGUCCCUCGGUGCACUGGUGAAGAAUUGCAACAUGCUGCACAACAUCGUGGGCCCGGCCUGCAUCUUCCUUAGACAGGGCUUUGCUCAGACGCUCGACAGAGAACUGCGACCAGAGGAGAUCGAAGAGCUCCGUGAGGCAUUUGUGGAGUUCGACAAGAAUAAAGAUGGCUACAUCAGUCACAAAGACCUGGGCGAGUGUAUGAGGACCAUGGGAUACAUGCCCACAGAGAUGGAGCUCAUUGAACUGAGCCAGCAGAUCUGUGGAGGUAAAGUGGACUUUGAGGACUUUGUGGAGCUGAUGGGACCCAAGAUGCUGGCAGAGACAGCGGACAUGAUCGGAGUGAAAGAAUUACGAGAUGCAUUCAAAGAGUUUGACUCUAAUGGUGACGGUCAGAUCAGUUUAAUGGAGCUGCAUGAGGCCAUGAAGAAGCUGAUGGGAGAACAGGUGACUAACAGAGAGAUCAACGAGAUCCUCAAAGAUGCUGACCUGAACGGAGAUGGCCUGGUGGACUUUGAAGAGUUUGUGCGAAUGAUGUCCCGCUGACCAGUCCAUAUGUCAGACAGACACUAUGCAACUGCUGGCUAAGCAUCAUACUACACUGUAGUGGACAUCCUUCGUUUGCUCUGAAGAGCAUGCACCUCAAAUUAUAUUUUUGUAUUUAAAGAAAAAAAUGCUGUAGCUAACAGAGACCGCAAAGACAUGAGAUUAAAGGUGUAAUAUAAACAGUAGUUAAAGCAAUUGUACGACAUAUCAAAAGCUUCACAUUUACGAUUUUCUGUUUUUAGAUGUAUUUUUAUAUAUGAGUCAACUGGAAAAGCUUGUUUGAGAAAUCAUAAACAUGUUUUUUUUUUUUUUAAUAAAAUAGACAUAAAAUUGAUGAAUUGUUAAAUUAUUCUGAGCAGAUAUAUAAUUAAAGAACCAGACUACAAAUGUGUAGUUUACAUUUAAGUCAAAUAAUUUGUUGGACAGUGAAAUAUUUGAAGGACUGGCUGCUACAAAUAAGCCAGAAGACGUACACAAACAUAGGUUCAAAAUUACAACUUUUGCCAGUUAAUAACCUAAGUAACCAACCUUCAAGGGAGUUAAGGUAUUAAACAUUAAUGCAUCAAGCUCUAAAAUCUGCCAUACUAUUAAAGCAUUUGGUUUCUGGCUAAUGGUAACUAUGUGUGACAAAACAAAUACAAUCCUGAAGCAAAUGACAGAGGAAAGUUCAUUUGAUUUGAUCCUUAAAUCAUCAUUUACCUCUGUUGUUGAGCAGGUAGGAGCCCAAACAAAUACACACAAGCAUGGAGUUUAGCCCCAUCUUAGAGAAAAGUAAACUUAAAUGUAUUAAAAAUACACUCACUGGCCACUUUGUUAGGUACACUUUCCUAGUACCAGGUUGGACCCUCUUUUGCCUUCAGAACUGCCUUAAUUCUUAGUGGCAUAGAUUCAGCGAGGUGCUGGAAAGAUUCCUCAGACAUUUUGGGCCAUAUUGACAUGAUGGCAUCGCACAGUUGCUGCAGAUUUCUCGGCUGCACGUCCAUGAUAAGAAUCUCCACAUUUCAAAGGUCCUCUAUUAGAUUGAGAUCUAAUGACACUGUAGGUCAUUUGAGUAAAUAAACAGAUGCUCAGUUAAUAGUAAGGGGCCCAAAGUCCAAAAGGGGGCCUUAUAUCAUUACACCACCACCAUCACCCUGACUGACACACGGCAGAUGGGUCCAUGCUUUCAUAUUGUUCACACCAAAUUCUGACCCUACCAUCUGAAUGACACGGCAGAAAUCGAGACUCAUCACACUAGGUAGAGGUUUUCCAAUCUUCUGUUAUCCAAUUUCGGUGAGCCCUGUAGCUUCAAUUUCCUGUUCUUAGCUUACAGAAGUGGGACCCGGUGUGUUCUGCUGCUGUAGACCUACAGCAGUGGUUCACAAAGUGUGGGCUUCUGCCCCCUGGUGGGGCCACGAAGGUACUGCAGGUGGGCCGCAGUAAUAACAGAAAUUCAGUUUGAAAUUACACACAAGUAUGCAU